AAUAUUUUCUAAACCCAGGGAUUUAAAUUUUACUUUUAAUAAUUUUACGUUUUUAAAACAUUGUCAUCGUGUCUGUUUAAUCUAAAUAGUUACGAGAGAAAAUCUAUAUCAAAUAUUAUUUCUAAACUAUGACAGCUUUAUUCGUUUUCAGAAUAUGAUUGUAUAAUGUUUUAGUCAUUGUCUUCUACCGUUAAUUAUUGUAAUCAGUAAUUUAAUCCUUCGAAUUUCCUGUGAAUAAUGGAAGAAGCGGAGAAUAAGGUUUGCCAUAACUGCAAGCGUGAGAUACCUCUCGCUAACUUCACGAUUCACGCGGUGCACUGCGCUCGCAACAUCCGACUUUGUCCUGUUUGCAAGGAGCCGGUGCCUGUGCAGGACUUGCAGCAACAUCAUGACGACCAACACAAGCUUGUACCAUGCAAGCAGUGCGGCGAGGACGUAUGCGGUACCGAUAUGGAGGAUCACGUGAGGGACUCGUGCGCACUCACCAUGCAGACUUGCAGAUUCUGUACCCUAGAGCUGCGUCGCCGCGAGCUGCCCGCCCACGAGCGUUACUGCGGCGCGCGCACCGAGCUGUGCGAGUGUGGCGAGUGGGUCAUGAUGAAGUAUAGGCAGCUGCACAUCGACUCCAACCACGGGUUUAUCAGACUCGAUGAUGACCCAGUACCAAUACAAAGUAUUAAGGCGUCAGUGUCGAAGCAGAAGGUUACAACAGAUAAAACACCUCUGUCAAACGGACUGAAUAAUUUAAAUCGUUCAGCAUUCCCACGGAAGAACAAUUCAAGAGACUUGAACAUUGCUGCUGAUCAAACAGCCUCCACAAGUUCACAAAAACCCACCGCUAUGGCCAGUACCAGUAAGGGGAACAGUUCAAAGACGAAAGAGGAAAAUAUUACGAACGCCAACGGAGCUAUUCCCAGGGCGAAAAGAAUAGAGAGACAGCAUCCAGGGAAUGAUAGUAAAGAUAAAGUAAAGAACUCUAGUUCCCGUGGUUCCAUGAAGAAGCGGCCUGCUCCUCCUCCCCCAGCUUCCUCGGCGCCCGUGCUGCAGGCAGCGCUCCAGCGACAGCAGCGAGAGGAGACGCAGCGGCAACUUCAGAACCAGGAGAACUUAGCAAGGGGUCUGCCGCCGAUUCUGAACCCAGCUGAGAAAUUAGAGAGACUUCGGAAAAUGGACGCUCUUCACCAAAGGGAACCAGACGACCAGUCAUGGAAGAACCGGCUGCAAGGAAGAGUGUGGUCGAGGCCACAUGUCUACCCCAUCGGUCAUGUCCUUAGUGGACAGACGGAUGUGGCCGGUGAAGUGAGGAAGGAACUAAAAAACUUAAAGCCGAUGACUCCCGAGGAGUUCAAUGACAGAUAUAGAAACAUUCAAAGUGAAAGACAGGACCGAUUCAAAGAGAUAAAGACCUCUUUAAGGGAACUAAGGAGAGGACUCAAUGAGGUCAUAGCGCCGUACAAUUCAAACUCAAACGCAGACACCAAUCACAGUCGUCAUGAGGAGGAGGCUCCAUGCGAGUUCUGCGGCACCAGCGUCCUGCUGGAAGAUCUGGUCCUGCAUCAGACCGGUUGCCGGCCGGACCUGGCCCAGUACCGCAGUCCGCCCCCCUCCCCUGGCCCUCGCCCCCCCGCAGCUAGCCCCCCGCCCCGCAGAGCUUCCCGCUCGCCGGAUCCCCCCGCGCCUCUCAUACCCUGCGAGUUCUGCACCAGAUUGUUGCCCGUGCAUCUCGUAUGCCACCACCAGGAACGUUGCGGAGCAGAGAGAAACAUUUUAUUUCCAGACUAAAAUAUUAAGUUAAGCUCAAAUCCAAAAACAAUGACAAUAAUUAGAGUGUAUUUCAUAUUAAUAGCAUGACAACUGUUACUGAUAAUGAAAUGUUUAUUUUUCUAUAAAUAUAUUAGGUGUGAAACAAUUCUAUUAUAACUGGGUACAACCCGCUGGGAUAAUUAUAUUGGUGCCGUUAAUUAAUUACUAUUAUAAGGUGCAUAUAUUUGGUAAUUUUUUAAUAGAUAUUAAGUAUGUUGUGUCGAUAUAGUGUAUUAGGUGAUUUUCUCGUUUUGUUUAAAUAAUUUCUAUGUUUAUGAAUACAUGGAGCUGGUGUCACAGAUGCAAAAAGAUAUAUUUUUUUUAAUUUAAAUAAUUUUAACUAUUCUAAAUAAGUGCCUUCUUUUCACUGCCAUCAAAUGUCUAUUUUUUCAUCCUUGUUAUUCUUGUGUUACUCUUUGCAAUGUUUUUUAUUAUAACUAAUUAGAUAUUGUGUAAUCAAAAUAUAUAUUGUAAACUGUCUGUAUGUUAGUUAAUGAAUAAAGUAAAUGUUUUAUGUU